CUCUACUCCCGACUACAUGAUGAAGGGCUCCCGGACACCAGAAGCUCCAAUCUCGGCAGAACUUCCAGGAGAAUCUAUACGCGACGCGAGAUCAUCAUUGGAUUCAAGACAGGAAAAGACAGGCUUUGUGGUAACAGAGGAUGGCAGAGUUGAUGUCGAUGUGGACUCCAAACUUGCGCGAGCACUGAGCAAGAUUUACACGCCAAAGGAGUUGCCACCACCGUACCACGAAGCUGCAGAGGGCUCCAAGACAUGGGAUAUCCAGCUUAACAUUGUCAUACAUGUGGUAGGAAGUCGGGGCGACGUGCAGCCUUUCAUCGCGCUUGGAGUCGAGCUUCAGCGCUACGGUCACCGAGUUCGACUUGCUACACAUGAUGUUUUCAAGGACUUUGUCCAGUCCUCCGGGUUGGAAUUCUAUCCCAUAGGCGGCGACCCGGCCGAGUUGAUGGCGUAUAUGGUUAAGAACCCAGGGUUGAUCCCAAGUCUAAAGAGCCUGCAGGCGGGCGAGAUAACCAAGAAACGGGACAUGGUUAAGGAGAUGUUAGAAGGUUGCUGGAGAUCCUGCAUACACGAAGACUUAUAUACGAGGAAACCAUUCACAGCAGACUGCAUAAUAGCGAAUCCUCCGAGCUUUGCGCACGUACACUGCGCGCAGGCUUUGGGAAUCCCCGUCCACCUAAUGUUCACGAUGCCCUGGACCAAUACCUCCGCGUUCCCACACCCGCUAGCGAAUAUCAAAGGCCAAGAAGGACGAGAGAAUGUUGCAAACUAUAUAUCCUACAGCAUAGUCGAGUGGUUAACAUGGCAGGGGUUGGGCGACAUCAUCAACGACUUCCGCUUGGAACUCGAUCUUGAGGAGAUAGAGACCUUUGAAGGUUCAGAUUUAUUACGCAUGUUGAAAGUACCCUUCACAUACUGCUGGUCCCCCGCGCUUGUUCCUAAACCCAAGGAUUGGCCAUCUUACAUCGACGUUUGUGGUUUCUUUUUCCGAGAGCCGCCGCAAUAUACGCCGCCGCAAGAUCUCGCAGACUUUCUGAGUGCUGGUCCGCCGCCUGUCUAUAUUGGAUUUGGCAGUAUAGUACUUGACGAUGCUGCUGCAAUGACCAAGACUCUUGUCGAGGCUGUUCGAAAAGUCGGCACCCGAGCUAUCAUCUCAAAAGGAUGGUCUAAACUGGGCGGCAUUGAUGAUGAAAACAUCUUUAUGCUUGGGGAUUGUCCACAUGAAUGGCUUUUCCAGCAUGUCUCCGCAGUUGUCCAUCAUGGUGGUGCUGGUACGACAGCAUGCGGUUUACGUUUUGGUAAACCCACAACUAUCGUCCCUUUCUUUGGCGACCAACCCUUCUGGGGCAAUAUGGUCGCCGCAGCAGGAGCUGGCCAUCCUCCGAUCCACCACAAGCUACUAAAUGUUCAGAACCUCGCGGAAGCGAUUCAAUACUGCCUGUCCUCGGAAGCAAAAACCGCAGCUUUACGUAUUGCUGAACAAAUGCGAACUGAGAGCGGCGUGGCUGCAGCGGUAGAUUCAUUCCACCGGAACCUGCCACGCGAGGGAUUCAAGUGCGAUGUAAUCCCGCGCUUGCCAGCAGCGUGGGCAUGGAAAAAAGGGAAACGGACAAAGUUGUUAUCCAAAGUCGCUGCUGCCACCGUUGUCAGUAACAAUCCAAGUGAGGUCAAGCAUAUAUAUGAACCUAAGCCCAUCUUCAUCGAAAACAUCCGUUGGGACCCAAUCUCCGGCGGAGCCUCCGCGGUAUGGAAAACCUCUUACGACAUGGCCACAUCCAUCACUGGGAUGGUCACGAAACCGGUGGAAAGGGUCCAGUACGAGCAGCGCCGAAGGGCGCGUGAAGGAGCAGCAGCAGCAUCGGAUACAUCGCAAAACCAUUCACAACCAUCCAUGCACAGCUCUCGCACAUCUAUACAUUCUGCCGAUAGCGCAAACUCGAAACCAACAUCGUCAGACCGACCAUCACGCACCGGCACCGCAUUGAAAGCAUCCGCAAAAAGCAUUGGAGGCAUAGUCCCCGUCGCGACCAAGGGCAUGCUCGUCGACAUACCGCUAGCGAUCACAGAUGGCCUACACAAUAUGCCGCAGAUGUACGGCGGAGAAGUGCGCGAUAACGGCAAAGUGAAAGAUUGGAAAUCUGGGCUUUCAGUCGCUGGCAAGACGUUCGCUUGGGGAUUUGUUGACGGUAUAUCGGAUCUAGUUGUGAUGCCUUACAAGGGGGCUAAGAAGGAGGGUUCACUGGGAGCUGUGAAGGGUUUUGGAAAGGGCGCCGUGAACUUGGUUGCGAAGCCUGGAGCAGGUAUGUUCGGAGUCUUUGGGUACACGAGCGCUGGUAUAGCGAAGAGUCUUCGAUCGUCGGUGCAUGGCGGUACGAAGAAGAAGAUCAUGGAGGCUCGUCAAUGCGAAGUGCCGUUCAUGGCCCCAAGCAAACAACGCAUCCGAGAUACGACAUUCAUCACACGCAUCCGACGGCCGAUCCAAGAUACAUCGUUCAUCACAAGCACUUGCCCAUCAAUCCAACGGACACAGUUCAUCACACAAACGGACCGACAACAUGGCCCACAUGCGAGGAAUGUGGUAGCGUUGCAGACGAAGAUCUCAAUUGCACCAAUCCGGAUUGCAUCUACUACGGCACUCCCAACUGUUCAUGAAUGCAACAAUCUCAACACCCUCGACCAUCCGUUUGAUUCAUGCUCACCAGAGAGGCAUGAUAGUAGGUGGAAUGGUCGUGGUGGCCUUCAGUGA